AUAUUUUUAUCAAAACGUCAAUAUAGUAAUUUAAGGGGAAACAAAUCAAGUUUGUGAAGAUUAACAUAAAUAUUGAUUUUUAAUUUUAUUGCGCUCAGAAAUUACAGAAUCGUUUAUGAAUUUGCAGUGCAAACUUUUGCUUUAGGAGUGUUUGGCGCUUUUGUAAUCAGUUUUGAUGACUAUACUUCCUUAAAGUAAUAUUAAAAAAUAAAGAUUUAUCAAAAUGAAUUCCACCGCGAAGAAAGUGAGGAAGAGCCUUUCGCUUCAAAUGAAACUAAACAUUUUGGAUUGCCUCGCAGCGGGAGAAAAAGUUUCACAAGUGGGCCGGAAGUUUGGGCUUGCCUUUACAACCAUCACCACCAUUAGGAAGCAAGAGGCCAACAUAAGGCAGGCAGUCGUUCGUGGAGGCGAUAUGGGUGGCAGUCGCACGUCAUACAUCAGGGAUCCGAUAAUUGCGGGAAUGGAAAAACAGUUACUCGCCUGGAUCGAUGAUAACAAACAGCAAGGUUUUAAAUUGAGCGGAGAUACGAUACGAUUCCAAGCUCUCCAAAUAUACAAUGAGCUUCAGGCUGAUGAAGAGACGAGCAGUCAGCCAAAACGGAAGUUCCAUGCAAGCUCUGGAUGGUUGGUGAAGUUUGUAAAACGGUAUUCCCUGCGUAAUGUUGGCGGUGUUGGCGAAGAGAGCGCAUUUGCCGACGUUUCGGAUUCUUCAACAUCACACGCUCAACGCCCACUAGAACAUAUUGAACUAAUGGAGGUAUUGGUCGAUCCCAUCGGUACAAGCAAUAACACAAAUAUGAAUGAGAAAAAACCCCAAGAGUUCAACCAGGAAAAACUUGGCGAACUGAUCAAAAUGGCAGGAAAAAUGGUAGAUCUUUCUUUGGACGAAGAUCUGAACACCGAACGAGCAGUAAAGUUCCGACGAGAUCUGAAUAGACUGAUGGGUGGCUAUAAGGACCUGUAUGAAAAACAGUCCCGCCAGCUUUCGAGCGAUAGUGGCAGCUCGGCCGAAGAGGAGGACGUACUUUCAUCGUAACGAUAAGUGACACGGUAUUACCUGGAUCUCGGCUAUCCCCAAUUCCAAACUUAUUGGUUUUAUUUAUUAAAGUGAAUUACAAAGAUCAUAUUGUUGUGGAGUUAUUGCACAUUAAA